UUAGUUUUAGUAAAACAAAGAAAUAAAAAAAAAAAAAAAAAAACAAAGAGGAAAAAUUCCAUAAACCCCGUCCGUAACUAAAUCCUCUUUUCUAGAUUCAGAAACCAUACAAACACUCACAAUCUACUCAUCAGGACUAGGGUUUUGUGUUAGUUUCAAGAAAGAAAGAGGGGCAAAAAGAUGCAGCAGCCACCGCAAAUGAUCCCUAUGAUGCCAUCGUUUCCACCCACAAAUAUCACGACCGAGCAGAUUCAGAAGUACCUUGAUGAGAACAAAAAAUUGAUUCUGGCGAUAUUGGACAAUCAAAACCUUGGAAAACUUGCUGAAUGUGCCCAGUACCAAGCUCAGCUUCAAAAGAAUUUGAUGUAUCUAGCCGCAAUUGCUGAUGCCCAACCACAAGCACCAACAAUGCCUCCCCAGAUGGCCCCGCACCCUGCACUGCAACAAGGAGGAUAUUACAUGCAACACCCACAGGCAGCAGCAAUGGCUCAGCAACCAGGUAUUUUCCCCCCAAAGCUGCCCUUACAAUUUAAUAACCCACAUCAGAUACAGGAUCAACAGCAACAGCUGCACCAGCAGCACCAGCAGCACCAGCAGGCCAUCCAAGGGCAAAUGGGAAUGAGAGCCGGAGGGGCCAACAAUGGCUUGCAUCCCAUGCAUACUGAGACUACUCUUGGAGGUGGUGGCAGUGGUGGUCCACCUUCUGUAAAUGAUGUACGUGGGGGAAGCAAGCAAGAUGGCUCUGAGGUUGGGGCCGCUGGUGCUGAUGGCCAGGGAAGCUCAGCCGCUGGGCAUGGCAGUGGUGACGGGGAAUCUUCUUACUUGAAGGGGUCAGAGGAAGCAAAGUAGCACGUUUUUAUUUGCCAUUCCGCAUGAAUACAUGUGGCUGUUGAUAGUAGGUGUCUGUUAGAGUAGAGUGGUACGCUCUGAGUAGAUUGAGCAAAGUAGCAGAAGUUUCCCCCGUAGUUUGUAAUAGAUUAGGUAGGAGAAGUUGUAUUGUAAGUGUCUUUGCAAAUUGCUUGCAACGAAUUGUGACAUCAGAUGAAACAUGUGGUCAGACAAGACAAUCUUAGCCGGAAGAGGAAGAGAGGUGGAAGCAUGUGGUCUCUAUUUCCGUAUUUGUUUUCAAAUGUUUUUGUCUUUAAGGGGUAGUUCAAUUAAUUGGAGACCACGUCUCAUGAAGCGGAGAUUACUAGAUUGAAUCUCCUCUCCCUUUCUCUUGUGUGGACUACUUCCGUAUCUGUCAAUUUUAAAUAACAUACAAGCACAUGCAGGGUCUUCCAGACCUGAGAUUUCAUCCAA